UAGUCCACUUCAACUCACCAAACCAAAUAGUACUACGCAACAGGCCAGUUCCCAGCACCCACACUACCUCUCUCUCAACAAUGGCGGCUGCUUACGUUUUCCAAUCUCCUCCAUUCUCUACCCACCCUCACCCCAAACCCACCUCCCAAAACCCUAGAUGUUACUUCCCCAUCAAAUCCUCCACCUCCUCCAAUCCCUCCACCCCAUCUCCGCCACAACCCCACCUCAAACACCGCCGACCCGCCGACGAAAACAUCCGCGAAGAAGCUCGCCGCCACAGCUCCACCCACAACCACCAAGGCUUCUCCGCCAAGUACGUCCCUUUCAACCCCGACCCACAACACUCCGAGUCCUACUCCCUCGACGAGAUCGUCUACCGCAGCCGAUCCGGCGGCCUCCUCGAUGUCCAACACGACAUGGCCUCCCUCAAGCGCUACGAUGGCGAUUACUGGAAAUCCCUCUUCGAUUCCCGCAUCGGCAAGACCACUUGGCCUUACGGCUCUGGAGUUUGGUCCAAGAAAGAAUGGGUACUUCCAGAGAUCGAUAGUGAUGAUAUUGUGAGUGCUUUUGAGGGAAAUUCGAAUCUGUUUUGGGCUGAGCGUUUUGGCAAGCAGUUUCUGGGCAUGAAUGAUUUGUGGGUAAAACACUGUGGAAUUAGUCAUACUGGGAGUUUUAAAGAUCUGGGUAUGACUGUUUUGGUGAGUCAGGUGAAUCGGUUAAGAAAAAUGAAUCGACCUGUAGUCGGAGUUGGUUGUGCUUCCACCGGAGACACCUCGGCCGCGCUGUCGGCCUACUGCGCCUCGGCGGGGAUUCCGUCGAUUGUGUUCCUUCCUGCGAAUCGGAUUUCGCUUGCUCAAUUGGUUCAGCCGAUUGCGAAUGGGGCUUUUGUGUUGAGUAUUGAUACUGAUUUUGAUGGGUGUAUGCAAUUGAUUAGGGAAGUUACUGCUGAAUUGCCGAUUUAUUUGGCGAAUUCUUUGAAUAGUUUGAGGCUUGAGGGUCAAAAAACAGCUGCGAUUGAGAUUUUGCAGCAAUUCGAUUGGGAAGUGCCUGAUUGGGUGAUUGUUCCUGGUGGGAAUUUGGGGAAUAUCUAUGCAUUCUAUAAGGGUUUUCAUAUGUGUAGAGAAUUGGGUUUGGUUGAUCGAAUUCCGAGGCUUGUUUGUGCUCAAGCUGCGAAUGCUAAUCCGCUUUAUCUCCAUUACAAGUCGGGUUGGAAAGAUUUCAAAGCUGUUAGGGCUAGUACUACUUUUGCAUCUGCAAUUCAGAUUGGUGACCCGGUUUCAAUAGACAGAGCGGUUUUCGCUCUCAAGAAUUCGAAUGGGAUUGUCGAGGAAGCAACCGAGGAAGAACUUAUGGAUGCCAUGGCUCAAGCGGACUCGACUGGGAUGUUUAUAUGUCCUCAUACGGGGGUUGCAUUGACGGCAUUGAUUAAGCUGAGGAAUAGCGGGGUAAUUGGUCCUACUGAUCGGACGGUAGUGGUGAGUACAGCACAUGGAUUGAAGUUUACGCAGUCGAAGAUUGAUUAUCACUCAAAGGAUAUACCGGACAUGGCUUGUAGGUUUGCUAAUCCACCGGUGCAAGUGAAGGCGGAUUUUGGGGCAGUCAUGGAUGUUCUGAAGAAGUACUUGUUAAGCAAAGAUUCAAAGUACUAAUAAAUCUUGAAAAGAGUAUUGUAAGACUUGCUCUCAAUGCUCAUCAUGUACCUUUGGUCUGAGUUUUUGCUAUGCAGGUUGUUUUAAAUCAAAAUUUCCAAUUGAAGCAAUUUCAAACUUAUUUUCCAAACUCAAGCUUCUAAUUUCAUGAAACAAUAAUGUGGGUUUGAGAAUUAAGUUUAGAACUGCUUUCAGUUUUGGUAAUUUGUUUUAAAAUAACCUGUAUUUCAUAAAAAAGGCUCACCUUUUAUUAUUUCCUUAUUUGGUUAGCUCUGGAUGUUGUUAUUUCAUGUGCUUUGUUGUUGGAUGACAUUCAUUUUGUAGGAUUAGGUGCUGCUUUAACUUUAAGAGAGCUAGUGUUUAGUAGGCUGGUGAGGAUCAUCUUGUAGGCAGCAUGCUAUUUUGAGAUAAUUUAGUAAUAAAUUAUGAUUUGAAUUUGAUUA